AUGCUCCAGGUGUCACCACCACCCCAGGGGGGUGGAGUGACAGUCCCCACAGGCAACAAAAGGUGCCAACACCUAAGCCCCAUUCCUUGCCCUCUGAGAGGCGGUCCUAAAGUAAAAAAUAUUCUGUAUUCCCCUGAUUCAGGGUCUUUUCUGAUUCUACCCGCUCGGAUCCAGAUCGACCUUUUCUUUGCAAAGAAAAUAAAACCUUGUCGGCCGGCAGAAGUCUCUAUUUCAUUAUUCAUUAGCAGCGACGGAAGGAGAAAAAACUUCCACGACAAUUUGGUGUCAGAAGUGGGAUCCCUCGAGCAAUCGUCUGGGCUGGAGCAUGGACAGUGACAGGCCAUCCUGGAAGAACAAAAGAUUUCCAGCCUCCAUACCUCAAAUCCUCUUGUGAGAAGGGAGGACUGACCAAAACUGCCCCAGAUCAUUGCCGGUGGGAUUCCACGAACAAAAUUCAGCAAAUUCAUCUGGUGAGCACUGAAAUAUUGACUUUCCUUUUCUUUCAAAUUUGGGUUUUAAUUAGGCAUGACAUUUUUUCUCAUGAUCUCCAUACUUGGCGGCUUUUUUCAUUACUUGAAGCAUAACGAAGUAAUGUUAUUUUUUCUAGGGCCGACAAGUGAUAAAUUUUAUUGCUUGUAGUAAUUUUUAUUGCUCGUAGUCCUUACAGAAAGUAAUGCUUUUCCUGCUUGUAGCCUUUUCUUGGAAAAAAAAACGAAGCAAGGGAUGCUUUUUUCAUUGCUUGUAGCCUUUCUUGGAGAAAAAAACGAAGUAAUGUUCUUUUUUUAAACAGACAAGUAAUUGUUUACAUUACCUGUUAUCUUUAAAGAAAGUAAUGCUUUUUCCCACUUGUAGCCUUUCUUAAAACGAAGUGGGGGUAGGGGGUGCGUUUUCCACUUAGCAUUUGAACAAAGUGAUACGAAGCGCAGAGACGUCUGUGUGGAAUUUGUCGCAACAAACCCAUUGGAUGGGGUGCAAGCUUUCCAAGGAGGUGGGACCUCCGGAAGGGCCAAUUGUUGAGAUCAUGAGAAAGAAAUGUUGGGACAAAAGCUUAAAAGAUAUGAAUGUUUUGACCACUGAGUUUGGAUUCCCAACAGGGGAAUCUCUCAGUUUAAAAAACAUAUCAAAACUAGAAGAAAAACUGAAAGCAAAAGAACAAAAAAUUAGAAGAAAAAAUGAAGUGUCUGUAAGAAAAUCAGAACUCAUUAAAGGUCAAAAAGAAUGUUUACAGAUGUGGAAAACUGAAGCAGAGAUACGAAAUACAAAGUUAAUGCAAAAACAACUACCCUUUUCAUGCGAAAAGGUUGAAACGAUUGAGAAGCCAGAUUCACAUAAACAAAGAACACAGAACUUGCAGAUCUCUUCUUCUUUGUUUCCACAGUUGGCGGCUCUGAAGCUGGAUUCAGACCUUGACGGCAACCCCCCUUCCCAUCCUUCAGCACCACCACCAUACAACUCUGCAACACCCAACGAGAGAAGAGAAGCAGACUCCAUCAGGCUGCAACUACAGCCAAGCUCAAAAACAGCUCGUUCUGAAAUGCCUGGUCCAUCACAAGACUCUACAACCAACAGCCUUUCUCCAAUUGCACACAGACCAUGGCAAUCCAAUAAAGACACAGCCUUCAACAUGCCUAUGGUUGAAGUAUCUGGACCACAAGGCGCAACUUUGGUUUUUCUUCCUCUGAGGACAUCACAGCCGCUUCACAUCAUCUGCUCAACCCCACAGCAUCAAGAACAUGGACAUCGCUACCCUGGCCAUAGAGAAAAAGGACGUGGCCAUUAUAAAAACUGGGAGAGAAAACUUCGAAAGGAUGUCCGUUUCCUGUGUGGCCAAAGUGGACAUUGGAGACGCAAUUGUCCCAAAAACACCUCAUCAGACGCAAUAAACAUUCAGACUGACGUUGGUUGGGGGUUGUCUGAGAGGAAUCGACUCCUGCUGACGAGCCGAACCAACUUGUGA